GCUCCGCGCUCGGCCUCCAUUUGCCACUUCGCGUUUGUGCUCGAAGGGAUCCUGCGAGGCCGCGUCCAGCCGCGACGAGCGACGCCGCGCAACAGUUUGCGGAGUUUCUGCGAAAUAUUCUCUUCUAGCGGAGGAAGCGCGUCCGUGUGCCGCCUCCGGAGCCACGAGGUUCCCCGAAGACCGAAAAGGUGUCCGAUGCCGACCGUCGCUGAUGUCGGACUCUGAACUCGCCUCCAUGGAGGUCAGCCGAGCGGCGGAUCAGACGGGGAGUUUCCUCUCGGCUGCUUCGGUCCCGUCUCCGGAUCCUCCUUUUCCGACCGCUUCUACGCCUACCUUCAGUGGCGAUGCAGAUGUUGAGAGUAAAGCCGUCUCCGUGGCGAGCAACGACUGCGGCCCGGCUCGGUCCUCCCCUGCUGAAGCCAGUCCGGCCAAACCCGCCGCCACCUCCACCUCCACCCUAGAAACCAGUCCAGCUACCUCACACAUGGCCUCGGCGUCCGACUCGCUCACCUGCUCGGGGACGAGUCUCGCGUCCGAGUCGUGGGUUUCCUCGGUGCCGUCCACCACGUUCGGCACGGCGGACCUGGAGAACGACUUGCCCCCCGUGCUCACCUUCAAGGGCGUCAGCGUCACGUUGGAGAACAACAGCGUGUGGAAGCAGUUCUACGGCUGCGGAACCGAGAUGAUCCUCACCAAACCGGGCCGCCGCAUGUUCCCCUACUGCCGCUACCGCCUGGCUGGGCUCGACCCGGACCAGCAGUACAGUCUGGUCCUGUCUAUAGUCCCAUCCGGUCAGUUCAGGUACCGUUGGAGCGCCACUAAAUGGGAGGUCCACGGCCCGGCAGAACACCAGGGUCAGGGUCUGAUCCGGGCGUUCCCCCACCACUACUCACCGUGCCGAGGUUCUGAGUGGAUGAACGGUUUGGUGUCUUUCUACAAACUCAAACUGACCAACAACGCCCAGGACCAGGACGGUCACAUCAUCCUGCACUCCAUGCACCGCUACAUCCCCCGGCUGCACGUGAUCCCGGUGCUGGACGGAGCCAAGCCCACGGCGGAGCAGCCGGUGGUGAUGGGACCAGAGAGCAUGACCUUCACGUUCCCGCAGACCGAGUUCAUGGCGGUGACGACCUACCAGAACUUUCGCAUCACGCAGCUGAAGAUUAAUCACAACCCGUUCGCGAAGGGCUUCAGGGAGGACGGACACAACCCUCGUCUGCAGCGGGUCAGCGCCGAGGCCCAACCGGCGGUGAAGACGGAACCUCAGGCGCCGGUUUUAAAACCUGCUGCCGAACCCAGCGAGGACAAACAGGACGCCGUGGAUCUGAGCAGCACAAAGAGCCACAGCGUCCCUGCCUCGCCGUCGCCGGUGCCGGAGACCAGACUGGUGCUGAAGCCCAUCAUGUCCAACCCUGCUGGUCCAGACGACCUGUACGUCCCCUGCAUACGAGGCCCGCACUCGCUCGGCGAGCUCGUCCUCGUCCAGAAGAGCGACGAGCCCAAAGAGGAGCCCGUCGCCGUCAGCGUGACCCCCGAGCAGCAGCCAGGCUCAAAAACAUGGACGCUGCCCAAAGCGAGGCGCUUGACUCCGGCUUUCUCGACGUCCACCCCGAGUUCCACGCCCAGGUACCGCAAGAAGAGGAAGAGGAUCAACAGACGCUGGGCGAACUCCCGGGGAAGAGAUUGGAAGGCAGCGGCUGCCUCCCCCACAGUAGCCCACAGCCCGUCAUCGACAGUCGCUAUGCAACCGGAGCUGGAUGAUGUAGAAGGCCUGCUGUUUGUGUCGUUUACCUCCAAGGAAGCGCUUGAGGGUCACGUCAGGGACAAGUCGGCCUCAUCGCCGGCAUCUCCAGUUUCCUUAACAACGCCGCCGGAGACGAAGCGGACGAGUGAGAAACUGGAGGUGACUCCAGAGACCGAUCAGGAGAAAAUCGCUCGACUCGAGGCCGUCCUGCUGAACGACCUCCGGGUUCUCAAACACCGGCAGGUCAUCCAUCCUGUGCUGCAGGAGGUUGGCCUCAAGUUGAGCUCCCUCGACCCCUCCAAGCCCAUCGACCUGCAGUAUCUGGGGGUCCGCCUGCCGCCGCCGCCGCCGCCGCCUCCAAAUCCACCAGAACAAAACAGCGCAGCGGCUCCGUCUCCCGGCGAUGAGGGAUUAACCUUCAUCUCCCGAACAGGAAAGACGAGCGACGUGACGAAAAUAAAGGGAUGGAAGAACAAGUUCACGAGAAGCAAAGAGACGUCUCCCCCUCACAGCGAAGGAUUACAAAAGAACCUGUCCGCCUUCUGCAGCAACAUGUUGGACGAGUACUUGGAAAGCGAAGCUCAGCAGAUCAGCGAGCGAGCCGCCGCCUUCUCCACCGACCCGGAGGGCUCGGUGGCCUAUCAGCUGCCGGCGAAGAGCUCCAGCUACGUGAAGACCCUGGACAGCGUCCUCAAGCAGCGACACGCCGCCUCCAGACCCCCGGCGAAGGCCAAUAGGCCUUGUCCUCUUUCCCACAAGCCCCUCCUGUACUCUGCGCUGACUUCGCCUCCUCCUCCGCUGGCGAGUCCUGAAAACCCCAAAGAAGCAGAACCUCAGUCCAAACCUCAAAGUCCUUCAUCAAACACGCAACCAGCUGCUGCUUCUGGGUUCGUCUGCACUGCUGAUGUCCCACAGAGAUCGCCCGUUCACCUCUCGAGUGCCUUUCAGAGACCGGCGUUGGGCUUCGGUCUGAGCCACGGUGUGAACCUCAAGGCUUCGGGCCUCACCAAGUUCCAGGUCAGGCUGCUGCAGAUGGAGAUGAGAGCGAUGAGGGAGGGCGCGAGGCGAACCCAGCUGACUGCAGACAGGCUGUCCAUGGCCCUGUCGGUAAUACUGACCAAACAGAUGACGACCGGUCAGAUCUCAAAAACCGUCCCUUUUCCAAAGACGAAACCUGCGGUGCCUGCGUGUGGUCGGGCGUUCUGCAGGCUGGGCUGCGUUUGUUCCAGUCUGCAGCAUGCGAGCAGAGGCCCGCUGCACUGCAGACGGCCUGAAUGCAUGUUUGGCUGCGCCUGCUUCAAACGCAAGAUCACCAAGCAGCAGACGGCGGCAGCAGAUGAGAGCGAACCACAGACCAGCCCUGUUUACUCUCUGACUAAUAUGGAACAUGCGGUCCAGCCUCUCCCGGGUUCCCAUGUCAAUAAACUGUGGAACCGCAACGUUCACGACGAGGAUCCGGAGCCGCUUUGCACUCCUAAAAGUUCUCCCGUCUGUGUGGUCCCACCGAAGGUCCCCAGACGCUGCAUCCCACCUCGUCCAGUACUGCCGAUUCGCGAGGAGGACAAGGAUCCGGUGUAUAAAUACCUGGAGAGCAUGAUGACGUGCGCACGUGUCCGAGCGUUCGACAGCAAACCUCCUCCUGAAGUCACCAUGGAGCUGAAGAUCCCUGAUGAGGAGGCUGUUGGAGCCGAAGCUGCACCAGGCGCUGCAACCAAACCGCAGAAUCACACCGACCACCUGCAGAACAGCGCCGUACCGACUGUUAGAAAAGCAGCAGAAAAACCAUCUCAGGAAACUACAGCCGGUGAAUCUGAAGCCAAGAAGCAGAUCCAGAUCCAGUCGGCGUGUCAGUGGAAGAAGGACCGAACGAUGGUGCUGGAGGCGCUGUGUGAACGCAUGAAUCAGAACCGGCUCUCUCAGCGGUUCUACGUGGGACCGUACUGCAUCAGUCCAGUCACCAAGAUCUUCAUGAGGAAGCCCAGCGGCUCCCUCGUCACCUACAGG